ACCUGAAAACUACCAAAACUUCACCAUUCUUACCAACCACAGGAAAACUACAACAUGCUGACACAUCUCUCCGUAUUCUGCUUCUUUAUUGCAGCCAUCUCAACAGGUGACUGUCGCAGCCUUAGAAGUAUGCUUGGUGGUAAAAAUCAUCGUUUUCAAGACUCAUUUGUGACUUCCUAUGCAGUUCCUGAGUGUUACUAUGAUGGUAAAAUAUACCCUGUAGGACAGAUCUUUUCUUCCAUUUCGGGAGAGUGCACGUGCACUUUGGAUAAUGGGGUUCAAUGCAAUGACUUUAUGGCUACUAAACUACCAUCUGUUCAUGAAAGAAGAUCAGUACCACCCCCAGCCCCUGAGUGUUACUAUGAUGGUAAAAUGCACCCUGUAGGACAGACCUUUUCUUCCAUCUCAGGAGAGUGCACGUGCACUUUUGGUCAUGGGAUUCAAUGCAAGCGUAAGUUAAUUAAUUAAUCUUUAUUUUUUUCUUCAUUAAAUAGCUGU